AAAGGUGUGAUCAACGACUGGAGGAAGUUUAAGUUAGAAAGCGAAGACAGAGACUCCUUAUCCUUGAGCAAGAAAGAAAUACUUAGACAAAUGUCUUCACCACACAGAUCCUUCAGUAAAGAUGACAAGGACACCAGAGAGAGAUUCUGCCGUAAGAUGAGCAUGCAGGAGUACGAGCUAAUUCACGACGCGCAGGAAGACGAGAGCUGCCUACAGCAAUACCGCAAGCGCUGCAUGCAGGAUAUGCACCAGAGGCUGAGCUUCGGGCCCAAAUUUGGUUACCUGUGCGAGCUGCAGAACGGGGAGCAGUUUCUGGAAGCCGUGGAGAAGGAGCACAAGACCACCACAGUGAUCGUGCACAUUUACGAGGAUGGCGUGAAGGGCUGCGACGCCCUCAACAGCAGCCUGACCUGCCUGGCGGCCGAGCACCCCACCGUCAAGUUCUGCAAGAUCAAGGCCUCCAACACGGGGGCUGGAGACCGCUUCUCCAACGAAGUGCUGCCCUCCCUCCUCGUCUAUAAGGCUGGGGAGCUUCUGAGCAAUUUCAUUAGUGUUUCUGAACAGUUCAACGAGGAGUUUUUUGCUGUGGAUGUGGAGGCUUUCCUCAAUGAGUAUGGGCUGCUCCCCGAAAGGGAGCUGCCAGCACUGGGAAAUGGCAACACAGAUGAGCAGGAUGUUGAAUAA